AUGUGUCUAGCGUAUGUGGGGAAGCGUCCAUGGCAGUGUAAGGAAUUGCAUACUUGUCUGGAACAAGUAUGUGCGGAAGAGAACUCGACUCGAGCACACCAAGCUGAGCCCUUUGCUACGAGAAACGGCCCUUCGCAGGCUGGUUCGUUCGGUGCCGCAAACACGAUAGAAAAAUCGCAGGUCCACAGUCUUCAGGAGAAAUGGAAGCUCCAGGCUGCAUGUUUUGGUAUUACGGUAACUCUCCGCCUAGACAUGUAUGCUGGCCGUAUUGAAUACGCGCCAAGCUUAUUUCCGACCAAGCCCUAA